GAUGAGUGGUGAAUUGAAAUGUCGCAGUUGUCUUACGCACACGGUCAAGGUUCAAAUACACAAACAUCUCUCCAUAGUACAACGCACGGAACAACCUGUGAACUAAUUGAACUUUUUAUAAGAGAAUAACUCGGCGGAGCAGCCAUGGGACGCGAGUCGAGACACUACAGGAAGCGCUCAGCGUCUCGGGGUCGGUCGGGUAGCCGAUCGAAGAGUCGCUCCCCGGACAAACGCUCCAAGAAAGAUGAUCGGGACCGAGACCGAAGCAGGAGGGAGAGAUCACGGAGCCGGGACCGCCGCAGGUCCCGGUCCCGAGACAGGAAACGAGCUAGGCGAUCCAGGAGCAGAGACAGGAGGAGGUCCAGAAGCAGAGACAGAAGGAGGUCAGGCAGCAGGAGCAGAGCCCGAAGGUCCCGAUCCGCCAGCCCCAGCAAGAGCAGACGAGCAGAUGAGCAGAAGCCAAGGAGCAAGGAGAAAGACAGCAUUGAUCCUAUACCUGACAAGAAAAAGGUUAAAGAAGAGAAGGAGGAUGAGAAAAUUGAGGACCAAGACUUUGACCAGAACAAGCUGGAGGAAGAGAUGAGGAAGAGGAAGGAGAGGGUGGAGAAGUGGAGGGAAGAGCAGAGGAAGAAGGCCAUUGAAAACAUUGGAGAGAUCAAGAAAGAACUGGAGGAGAUGAAGCAGGGCAAGAAGUGGAGCCUGGAGGAUGAUGAGGACGACGAUGAGGAUGGUUCAGCGCCGAUGGAGGCAGACGAUGACGAAGAUGGAGAAGGUAAAGGGGAAAUGAAAGAGAUGGAGAUAAAGGAGGAGAAGGAAGAGGAAGAUGAGAAGGAGAAGGAGACUCCCAUGGAGCCACAGGAGGAGGAGGAUGACGUUGAUCCUCUGGACGCCUACAUGGAGGAGGUGAAACAGGAGGUGAAGAAGUUCAACAUGGGAGGAAUGAAAGGAAACGAUAAGAAAGGAGCAAUGACAGUAUCCAAAGUGGUGACAGUUGUUCAAACCAAGAAAGGACAUCAAACACACAAGAAGAAGGGUGAGCUGAUGGAGAAUGACCAGGAUGCCAUGGAGUACUCAUCAGAGGAGGAGGAGGUGGAUCUGCAAACAGCUCUAACGGGUUUCCAGACCAAACAGAGAAAAGUCCUGGAGCCUGUAGACCACGGAAAGAUCCAGUAUGAGUCGUACCGCAGAAACUUCUACGUGGAGGUACCUGAGCUGGCCAAGAUGAGUCCAGAAGAUGUGAACGCAUACAGGUUGGACCUGGAAGGCAUUACUGUUAAAGGGAAGGGCUGCCCUAAACCCAUCAAGACCUGGGUACAGUGUGGGGUGUCGAUGAAGAUCCUCAAUGCUAUGAAGAAGCAUGGCUACGAGAAGCCCACCCCCAUCCAGGCCCAGGCCAUCCCUGCCAUCAUGUCCGGCCGAGAUCUCAUUGGCAUCGCUAAGACCGGCAGCGGGAAAACCAUCGCCUUCCUGUUGCCCAUGUUCCGACACAUAAUGGACCAGAGGCCCUUGGAAGAGUCUGAGGGACCCAUCUCUGUAAUCAUGACCCCGACCAGAGAGUUGGCCCUGCAGAUCACCAAGGAGUGUAAGAAGUUCUCCAAAUCGCUGGGGCUCAGAGUGGUGUGCGUUUAUGGAGGCACUGGUAUCAGCGAACAGAUUGCUGAGCUGAAGAGAGGAGCUGAGAUCAUUGUGUGCACACCAGGAAGAAUGAUUGACAUGUUGGGGGCCAACAGUGGUCGAGUGACCAACCUGCGCAGAUCUACUUAUGUGGUGUUGGACGAAGCAGACAGGAUGUUUGACAUGGGUUUUGAGCCACAGGUGAUGCGUAUUGUGGACAACGUGCGCCCAGACCGCCAGACAGUCAUGUUUUCAGCCACCUUCCCCAGAGCCAUGGAGGCGCUGGCUCGUAGGAUCCUGUGUAAGCCUCUUGAGAUCCUGGUGGGAGGCCGCAGUGUCGUCUGCUCCGAUGUGGAACAACACGUGUUGGUGAUUGAAGAGGACAAGAAGUUCCUGAAACUGCUGGAGAUUCUGGGUCACUACCAGGAGAAGGGUUCAGUCAUUAUCUUUGUCGACAAACAGGAGCAUGCAGACGCGCUGCUCAAAGACCUGAUGAAAGCCUCGUACCCAUGCAUGUCUCUGCAUGGAGGAAUUGACCAGUAUGACAGAGACAGCAUCAUCAAUGACUUCAAGAAUGGAGCUUGUCGUCUGAUGGUGGCCACCUCCGUGGCAGCCAGAGGCCUGGACGUCAAGCAACUGAUCUUGGUGGUCAACUACAACUGUCCCAACCACUACGAGGACUACGUCCACAGGGCCGGACGCACGGGCCGAGCAGGCAACAAGGGAUACGCCUACACAUUCAUCACAGAGGAUCAAGUUCGCUAUGCUGGUGACAUCAUCAAAGCCUUGGAGCUGUCAGGUUCUCCUGUCCCACCAGAGCUGGAGCAGCUCUGGGCCUCCUUCAAAGACCAACAGAAAGCGGAGGGGAAAACCAUUAAGAGCAGCAGCGGCUUCUCAGGGAAAGGCUUCAAGUUUGACGAAACGGAGCAUGCCCUGGCCAACGAGAGAAAGAAGCUGCAGAAAGCGGCUCUCGGACUACAGGACUCAGAUGAUGAGGAUGGAGCCCUGGAUAUUGAGGAGCAAAUAGAGAGCAUGUUCAACUCUAAGAAGAGGGUGAAGGAUCUGUCUGCUCCCGGGGCGGCUACUGGUCCCUCAGGAGGAAAUGCCAACGCAUCAGCUGCCACUGGAGGAGGAAUGCCAGGCAUCGGACCCCCGUCUGCUGGAAACAUCCAGAAACUGGAGAUGGCCAAGAGGCUUGCGCUCAAGAUCAACGCUCAGAAAAACCUGGGAGCAGAGGCUCAGGACGUGAUGCAACAGGCCACGAACGCCAUCCUGCGAGGAGGCACCAUCAUGACGCCGUCGGUGUCUGCCAAGACCAUCGCGGAGCAGCUGGCGGAGAAGAUCAAUGCCAAGCUGAACUACACCCCGGUGGAGAAGCUGGAGGAGGAGCGGCAGGCAGCCGAACAGGCAGAGACCGUCAAGAGAUAUGAAGAGGAGCUGGAGAUCAACGACUUCCCCCAGACGGCCAGGUGGAAGGUGACAUCUAAAGAAGCUCUGCAGAGGAUCGGUGAAUACUCUGAAGCAGCUAUCACCAUCAGAGGAACCUAUUUCCCUCCAGGCAAGGAGCCCAAGGAAGGAGAACGCAAGAUCUACUUGGCUAUUGAGAGUGCAAAUGAACUGGCUGUACAGAAAGCCAAAACAGAGAUUACACGGCUAAUCAAGGAAGAACUCAUCAGAUUACAAAAUUCCUACCAGCCAACGAGCAAAGGCCGCUACAAAGUGUUGUAGAGGAGAAACCACAGCUUGUUGGAGGAGUUUCUAUUUCUCAACUGUCAUCUUUUUGUUUCAUUCGAUUGGUUGAUUUUAGUCUAUAUUUUUAAUAACUUCAACAACCUAAGUUUAGUGUCUGCUUGUUGGUAUUUUCCCUCUUCCCCCCCUUAGUUUCACGUGAUUUUAUACAUAUAAAAACAACAAAUACCCAAAUGUGAUGCUGUUUCCACCUUCAGAGUCCAUCACAAACCAUCAACAAGCUAAAUACAACAUGUCUUUAAAUAUAAGGCAGAUUUUCUUUAAUGUUGUUGGGUUUUUUUUGUAUGUAAAAGGCCACAUACCAGUCAUUGUCUUCAUGGAGAGAAAUCCUCAGAUGAAAUAUGUUUUUACUUUCCCCCUGAAUAAAACAAGAUGUUGCUAAGGAAGUCAA